AGCUGCCGCUCCCAAUUUCGCGCCUUGUGCAGGCUAAAUUGACUAGCUAGCCUUGAAAGCUAACGUUACAGAUUCCCGUCUGAAAUGAUUGAGUCUGACUUUAUUUGCACUACAUUUGGUAUUGUGCGUGUUCAAUAAACCAAUUGUAUUUUUAUGUUUUAGUAAUAUGUGAGGAAAACUACAGCAAUGCUUUUCAAAGUGCAGUACCAAGGAAAGAAGAAGUACAUCAAACUCAAUGGAGUAUCAUAUCCAGCAUUUCUCAGGGAGGCUAAAGAGAAGUUCAGCAUACCCCCUGAGACAAACAUGUAUGUGCUGGAUGACAGUGGAACAGAGGUUGAUGAAGAGGUCUUCAGCGACAUCUUGGAGGAAAAAGCAGACAUCCUGUGGACCAUUGUUAAUGUUCUUUCAGUUUCUGACUCUCCCAUCCAGUCCUCGUGCACAAACACCUUGUCACUAUCAUCACCCUCAUCGGACAGUGAUGCUUCUCUGAUGUCCCCAAAAAGACAGCGCAUUGAUGACACCUUUGUGAUGUCCCCAAAAAGUCUACAUACUGAUGACAGUUCUUCACAAGCCAAAGAGCUUGUCAAAAGUAUUCUGGAACAAAAGCCUGGAGGUGAGAAAAUCCUUGCAAAAUAUGCAAUGACAGGAGAGAUGAAGGACCGAGCACGCCGUGAUCUUGUCAGCAUUGUUGUUGCUGAAAUGUUUGAAAAGUAUGGACGUGCUCCCCCUAUGGAUAAAAGAGCACAGUAUGCAUUGGGGAUAGUAACACUGUUCCCCUCUCUAAAAGAUCCCUACUCCAAAAAAGGCUAUGAACACUUUUUUGACAUAGACAGCAAUGAGGGCUACAUUGCCUGGAAGAUUAAAAACACACAGCGAGAACUCAGCAAUGGCGGUACCAAUGGGGGUAGGAGAAGGAGCUCUCACACUACAGGCAGCAGCGGACCAAACUUAGAGAGAGAAGUGACUAAAGUGCAGCAGUUGGAGGGAGACCAGUGUCGAGAGGCCAUAUCUCUACUGAAACACAGCACAGACAACGAACAGAUCUUCAUGAAAAUGAGAGAAACCUUCCAGCACAGGCAAAAGUUGAUCCAUGAUCCUGAGCAAUGCAGCACAGUGCUUACUGUGUUCCCAAGGUUUCUUGACACAAAAGGCCUGGUGGCGCAAGACUUUGACCUGUUGUUUGGAGCUGAGACUUCAUCAAAACUCCUUGAGAAAUGGGAUUUCCUGAAGGCCAAAGUAAUAGAGCAAGCCAAGGACAUCAGCAAGACACCCCUGCUUGACCAUCUCAUCCAGUCUGCAGAGGAGAACACUGAUGAGGAUGACGAGGUCCCAGGUUGGGAUAGUGACAUGGCCUCACUGCUACUGCUGGUCUACCUACUGCCACCACCUCCAAGUGGAAAGAAGGGAGCUGUAAAGAUCAGUACCCGGGAAGCUGUGGACCAUGUAGUCAAAUUUCAUAAGUCAUGUCGCAGCCUUCAGGAGCACUCUGGUCCAAACCAGCGGAGGCAGCCCUACAUCCUGGCAGUUGGGAUGACAAGAAAGCACAUCCACGAGUUCUACAUUGCAUUGGAUGGUGAUCUCCUUCCCUGCAAGGGCAAGUCUUCCCUGUCAGCCUUUGAUGAACUUUUCAAAGCACAUUAUGUUUUCGGCAUCUCCUAUGACCAGGCCUUAAAUGGCAUGUACACAUUUGUGCAGACCACCAUCUACAACAUUGAUGUAGGUCAUUCUCACGAAACUCCCAGAGUCAAGGACCUAAGAGCUAAGCUCCUCAACUAAAGAGUUAUGAUGUUCAGAUGCUUUGUUUGCAAGUCUAGUUUUGUUACCGUUCAAAUGUUGAUCCGUCAUCUCAAAGUUUUCCAUGCCUUUUAUCCUGGUAAGAAGUUUCAGUUGAUGUGUGACCAGACUGGAUGCCACCAGAGAUUUUGGACUUUUUCAGGCUUUAGAAAACAUCUCCAUAACAAACAUAGCACUAAAAGUCUAGAUCAAUUUGAGAACGAACCCGUCAUAGUUGAGAACGAACCCGUCAUAGUUGACGUAUCUGAUGAACCCGUAGUUAAUUUAAUUCCAGAGCAACCAGAGAAUUCUCAAAGCUGUAAUGAGACCAGGCAACAUACCCAAGAAAUGUGUGCAUCCCUUAUUGCAAAUCUCCAAGGCUGUGGUGUGGCUACUAAUGUCAUAACGACUGUUGUUGAAAAUAUGGAGGAACUUGUAGAGGAAUUGCAUUCAAACGUUAAAGAUGAUGUUGUAAAAUUACUCUCUAACGAUGAGGAGAUCAGAACAAAGUUUGACGAUUAUUUUGACAACCUUGAAAAUCCAUUUAGCAAACUGAACACUGAGGCAAAAAGGAAAAAACAUUUCAGUGAGAAAUGGGGUAUUGUAGAACCUGUUGAGGUAGCCCUAGGAGUGAGGUAUGACACUAGAAGGAAUCGAACUACUGGCACAUAUGAUCAAGUUCCCAUAACAGACAAAUUUGUUUAUAUUCCUCUAUUGCAAACUUUGAAGUUCAUAUUCACCAACCAAGAGAUCUGUGAUCAUUUUGUGCAGCCUUGUGAGAAAACUGGGUUUUACAAAGACUUCUGUGAUGGUAACUAUUUUAGAGAUUCUCUUCUCUGAAAAACCAAACUCUCUCCAAAUACAGAUAUUCUACGAUGAUUUUGAAAUGGCAAAUCCUCUCGGAUCCAAGCAUGGUAUCCAUAAGGUUGGAAGUAUAUACUUUGUUUUACGAAACCUAUCUCCAAAGAUAAACUCCGCUCUUAUGAAUAUUCAUCUUUUAGCCCUUUUUCAUACUGAGGAUGUGAAGAAGUAUGGAUUUGAUUUAAUCUUACAGCCCCUCGUACGUGAUCUGAAAGUCCUUGAGUGUACAGGAAUUGAAGUUCCUUUCUCUGAUGAACCAGUUUACGGAACAAUUGCACAAGUAACUGGAGACAAUUUGGGAUUGCACACAUUACUCGGGUAUGUUGAAUCAUUCAGUGCAAACAAUUUUUGUCGUUUUUGUCUAGUAGACAAACAGACCUCACAAACGGUUUUCAGGGAUGAUGAUCCAAGAAUAACAUUGCGUAAUAAAGCACUGCAUGAUCAGCAUUGCAAUGACCUCAUGGUAGAUCCUACACUGCCAUCCAAAUUUGGAGUUAAGCGACAAUGUUUAUUCAAUGAUCUACAGUACUUUCAUGUUUCUGAAAAUUAUGCUGUAGACAUUAUGCAUGACAUAUUGGAAGGAGUGGGGCAAUUUGAGCUGAAGUUGCUGUUUGCUUACCUCUCAGACAACAAAAUCAUAUCCAAGACAGAUGUUUGUAACCGAAUAUACUCAUACAAUUAUGGCUUUGUUGAACGAAAAAAUCGUCCAACCAGAAUAAACUUGGAGCAGACUGGAAAUGGAAUUGGUCUCAAUGCCAUUCAAACUUUUUGCUUAAUCCGGAAUAUGCCCUUGAUCUUUGGAGAUGUUUUACGAGAAGGAAAUGCCCACUAUAGACUCUUGUUGCUUCUGUUGCAAAUUAUGAACAUUAUAUUUUCUCCAGUUGUUACUGAUGGAAUGACAGUAUGUCUUAAGCAUCUCAUUGUUGACCAUCACCAACUUUUCAAAGAGCUUUACCCACAUCGUAGAAUGAUCCCUAAACAUCACUUCAUGAUUCAUUACCCCAGAGUCAUUCGAAAAAUAGGUCCAAUUCUACAUGUUUGGUCAAUGAGAUUUGAAGCCAAACAUAGGUUUUUCAAGAACACAAUCAAAAAUUUCAAAAAUGUAACAAAGUCAUUGGCCCAAAAACAUCAGAUGGCUAUAGCAUACCAUUGGGAAUCAAUGCCAUUUAAAAGUAUUGACUGUGGGCCAGUAAAAACUGUUCAGCUCAUUGACUUGCCACAUGGUGAGAUGAUUGCAGAAGAACUGCAGGUUGACUUAGACUGUCAAGUUGAUCUGACUUCUUGGAUCACUUGUUUUGGAACUGAGUAUCGUCCAGGCCUUUUAGUUUGCACGGACAAAGAGGACGAUUUGCCUGUAUUUAGUCAGAUAAAAGACAUAAUUGCAUUUAAUCGAGAAUAUUUUCUUGUAACAGAGGACUUUCAGACACUUUGUUUUGCAGAGCAUUUUCAUUCCUUUCAUGUGACACAGGGAAAUGAUCAGAAUGUUUCCAUGCUUAAAGUUAAUAAAUUGCACUUCUUUAAGCCGUUUGAUCUGCAAACUACUUAUGGUUUUGAUAGAGAUUAUCAAUAUGUGGUUCCUGUACAUGUGUUUGUAUAAGUUUGUGGUUUUUGAACAUCCAUGAACUGUUAAAUAAAACAGACAUAAAAAGCA